AGGCGGCCGAACUCGAUUUAGCCGAGAACGUUCGCGAGUAGCGCGUAGCAUAGGUCGCAGUCGCGCCGUCGUCGAGCGCGCGAGUUUUUCGCGCGGAGGACGCGCGCGGAGACGAGAUCGUCGAAGGGGGGCGCUCGCGAGCGGGAAAAAAGGCUUCGAUCGAUCUUCCCGCAUCUUUCAUCAGAUCGCGCGCGCGUCCGGAGACCCGCGUCGCGCGACGCGUCGUCUGUCGUUUGGUUAGGUUACAACCUUAGAUCUUUCCUUUGAAGCCCAGUGAUAGUACGGUCUACACCCGACGUCUCUUCUUGGACGACGCUCGCACGACUCUCGCGUCUCACGUCAUCAGUCACCGCCCUGGGCAACCCUCAGCGAGCGACUUCAGAAUUCGACCGAUCGACAGUUCCCAGAUCGAUCAGACUCUGAAGCGAGCGUCGUCAGAUCGCGAGACAACAGACGGCUUGGCACGCUCAGCUCCACGCGCGCGCGACUACUCUCGAUCCGCCCGACCCGCGUUUGUUCAUCGAUCGCGCUCUCGUCUGUCGAUCGCGACGAGCCGCGGACCGCUGGAAGAGACGGACGCGGUUAAUCAAGAGGACUCACUUCGUCUUCGUUCGCUCGGCUCGACGAGAUGGGGCAAGAAGAGAUCGACGAAUACGCGUCGGCGCUCGCCGAACUCGUGGUCAACUCCAAACCGAUCAUCACGUCGUUGACGAUACUCGCGCAGGAAAUCGCACAGGGGGACGCGACCGCGGCGGCGGCGAUCGCCGCGCUCGUAGAGAAGCACAUCAGAACGGUGAAGCUCACGGGAUUCUAUCUGAUGGACUCGAUCGUGAAGAACGUCAAAGGGCCGUUCGUGGUGUGUUUCCAACGCAACCUCGCGGAUCUGUUCAUGUCGACGUACCAGAUCGCGGACGCGAACGUGCAGCGCUCGAUGGUCCACCUGUUUGACACGUGG